UGGACCCAGUCAAGAGAGACUGUUUAAGCACGAGUCUAUUUCUCAGAACCGUGCACGUGCGGACGGCAAACUGAUUAAGAGAUCGCUCGUCAAAACUCUCUUUUUUUCCUCCGUGAAGCUUCCAUAGCCGAGAGGAGCAUCUAAACCAAGCACCAUGAGCUCUGACGACGUUAAUCCCAAGGCCUAUCCUCUGGCUGAACCUCAACUUACUGUAAGUAUUUUGGACUUACUACAACAAGCUGUCAACUAUAAACAGCUGAGGAAAGGAGCUAACGAAGCUACCAAAUGCUUAAACAGAGGAGUAGCAGAGUUUAUUGUGAUGGCUGCUGACACAGAACCUCUGGAGAUCCUUCUUCAUCUUCCAUUGCUGUGUGAAGAUAAGAAUGUACCGUACGUAUUUGUUCGUUCUAAGGCAGCCCUUGGUCGUGCUUGUGGAGUAACAAGACCAGUCAUCGCUUGUGCAGUGACAGCCAAUGAAGGCUCACAACUCAUACCUCAGAUCCGAUCACUGCAAUCAUCCAUCGAAAAACUUCUUUUUUAAAAGACUUUAUUUUUUCACCUCUUGCUUUUUUCAUAGUUAAUAGAGGGGAAUGGUUAGGAAACCUAUUGUUAUAGGUCUUUGUUCGCUUUUGAUGUUGAACCGGUCUUGACCGUGCACAAGGUUUGAUUUAUGCUCAUCCGAAAUUGCAAAAUAAGUAAACGUAAACUUCGUCUAUGGGAUUGUUGUAAGGAAUAUUCAAAUAUCUCUUGUAAAUCUUUAAGUAUUUAGAACUAGCAGCCAAAAGAAAGAUUUUGGUCUGUUUACUCAGCCGUUGCCAACAAUGGUAAAACAAUGGUAAAACAAAGGAUCGUGCACGGUCACGCUUGGAAAAAGUGAACAAAGACUUAUAACAAAAGGGUUUCCUAACCAUUCCCCUCUAUUAACUAUGUAUUUUAGAACUGUUUUCUUGUUUCUUCGAUCUCUACUCUUCAGACAUCUGGGUAAUUUCUUGCUUCCUUCGUAGCGUCGCAAAGAUUGACAGAAACCAAAACGCUAGAAAAGGUAUAAUGUCUGAAUCUGAUUGUGUCGCAUUAGCAUGUAAAGUGACAAAUAUGAAAAACCAAUAAACAAAAUCAUCGAACGA